AGUCGAAAAUCCGACGUUCUUAUUUUUCUCUAUUGCCAUCAAUUGUGAAAUUAAAAAUGUUUUUAAAGUUAUUAGUUAAGUUUCAAAUUCAAACAUUUUAGUACUUACUCAUGAAUGAAAAUGGUGUUUAGAAUUCUUCAAUAUUUCAUGAACCACCAGAAAUUGGUUGAUAAAUUAGCGGAAUCUAAUUUUAUGAGAAGUAUUGCACGGUUCGUUGUUCAUAAGGCAAUUCGUGCGAAAUCAUUGACAGAAGAUAUGAAGUCUGAACAAUUAGAAAAAACUCUGAAAAACAUCGCCGAAAAGCUAAAGGACACCAAGAAUAAGCUUGACGGUAAACAGUGAAUGCGCUCAUUGUAGAUUAUUGAAUUCCUACUUACCUAUUAUAUUUAGUUGUACAAUGAAAGACCAUUCGAUAAUAUUUUUGGGGUCGGAGCCUACAAAAGAAAAGGAUUUCGUAACGCGCGCCCUAUCUUAUUUCACAAUGCCCGCAGAUGAUCUGCCGAAAAGGAUAUUGCUAUCGUUUACACCGCCACUACACUCUAGAUUUGUGUAUGUGGACUUCUUGGGACCGUGUUUGGCGUUCAUACUUUUGGCCACAAUACUCGGCUAUGGACAUGCAUACAAAACACCAUCAGCCAUUUAUCACAGAUCGCCCACCGAAGUCUUGGCCAUAUAUUGUCUAUCGAUGCCAGCAAUUUGUUAUGUAUUAACCCGUUUAGGGAAGUCUAGUAUAUCUUUUUUGCAAAUAUUGUCGUUAUUAGGGUACGGUCUUUAUGGUUAUGUAUUUACGCUUGUUAUUAGUUUUAUAUCAGAUGAAACGAAUAAUGUAAUAUUUUAUUUGUCCUUGAUACUGUUUACCGGCACUAGUGUUUUUAGAACAUGUCUUAUUAUAUUGUUAACUAUUAAAUUACCUGCAAUCAGGCUGUUAGUUUGCAGUAUAAUUGCUAUUUUACAAACACUGUUUGUGGUGUUUUUGUAUUUUACAUUUGUUCAUUCAAGCUUUGCGUUUCGCAAACACUAGAUAUCUCAAGCUGUACAUAGCUAAUUGUUAAUUAGGCCUAAAUAUUGAAUAAAUUAAUGUGCACAUUUAAAGUCA